CUGGAUGGUUUAGUUAUGGUAUUCAGCCUAUAGUCUGCCCCUGUCCACGGGUUGUGCCCCGGGCCGGUGACGCAACAAGUCUCGGUGAUCGGACAACCGGAAUAAUCCACGACAGCUGACUGGACUGACUCAAACCGGGAAAUCCAGGGAGUUUUUUUCACUUUACAACGUUAUAUUGCCAUCCGGAAAAUAGUCCACAGUAUGCUCAUUCGUGUAAAAACAACAGCGUAGUGAAAUACAGUUUCUGUAUACCCAAUUAGACCCAACAUGGCGGAGGCGGUCGCUACGGGAGGCGAGCGUGGCUCGGCUCCGCCUGACGGGACCGACUCGUCCCCCGGCGAGGACUACGAGUGCAAAAUUUGCUUCAACUACUUCGACCUGGACCGCCACGUUCCCAAACUGCUGAGCUGCUCCCACACCUUCUGCCUCGAGUGCCUCGACGCUCUGCACUUCCGGGAGGGUCGAGGAUGGAGAAUCGGCUGCCCCGUGUGUCGCCGCAGAACUCCGGUGCCGGAAUAUCGGGUUCGUAACCUACCCGACGACAGCGCGUUGACCGAAUCGCUCCCGCUCGAAACGCGUGAGGCUGUGGUCUCAUCAAACACGGCUGUGCAGACAGGCUCGGCCGGCGUCUCUUCAGCCACUUCCGCAGAGAGCGACGGCGGCUGUCAGACGUGCAAACAAGUUGCGUUCAUGACCGGCUGCGUGUGCGCCAUCUUUUCUUUCCUGUCCAUGGUGGUGCUCUUAUUUCUGGGCCUCAUCUUUGUGCAUAACUUCGAUAACACCGCGUGGCCCGUGGGCCCCAUCUGUUUGUUUGUUGCCAGCGUCCUCGCCCUGGUCUCGCUCAUUCUCACGUGGUUGGUGUGCACGUUGAGGUACCGGUCUGAAACUGACGCAAGCAACUUCGGUUCCUUCACUUCUAAUGCAAUGUGAUUCUCCGGCUGCAGAGCUGGGAUACACAAGCUUAGCCUUGUCAGGAUAAUUCAACUGAAAUCUGUUCAUUUAUUUCAGUGUGCACAGGCAUCCUCGUGCCUUCAGUGUUCGUGGACGAAUGUCUUGAAUUUGGAAAAGCACAGGUGUAAAUAAUAAAAUCAUUGAUGACUGAAUUCCGUUUAGCUGCUGCCAGACUUACUGGGACACUUGAAUGGAACAGAGCCAUCGUUGAUGUUAUUAUCUGGCUUUUUAUGACUUCAAAUAUCUGCUGUGAAAAAGGGCCUUUUGACCUAAAUGGGUGGUCGUAUAGGAGCAUCAUGGCUUGUGCAAAACUUGGCUACAUUCUAUGUCAUCCAUAAAACAUUUAAACUAUAUCUGCACCAUAUAAGUGUACAACACAACACCUUUGGAUACAGUGUGUGUGAAUCUUCAACACCCUCCCAUAUUGUUUGCUCUUCUUACCGAAUGCACCUCUUGUAUGCAACUCUAUAUUCGUGAUAUUUACUCCCUUUAAAUGGUAUGCAACUGUAAUGUGCACAUGCAGGCAUGUCAUGACAAAUGCUUACGCUGAGACGGCUUAGAAUCAUUGAAAGAGCUCAUUGACUUGUCUUGCUAAUGGAAACGUUAGCAGACACUGACUUGAAUAAUUGUUUCUUUACAGCAGUAUCCCACCCUUCUCUCCUCCCACACUUGUUUCCAUGCGCUGCAAUUACACGACAGGCUUCAUAAGGUGCUAAGAAACUGUGCACGCAGGUGUCUGUGUCAAGCUGGGUAUGUGACUGAUUCAUUAUAUUCUUCUUCUGCCACCGAC